AUGAAACUAUUCAAUCUUCAUCGAAAAUCGGUUUACAUCCUGUACCGUAGUAACAUUUGUUCUCUUUCCACACUGAUAAUCACAGCAUUAGUUCUACUUGCGCUGGUUCUUCCGUGUUACGUCAUACUGAUAGCUAACCCCGGAGGCCUCUGGGAAAGUUAUCGCUUAGUGUACGAACAGCCGACGGUAAGGUUUACCUAUCGCUAUUUAUUUCUAGCGGAAGUCGACCAACCGGAGGUUGGCAAUGAAAUCAUCACAUGCAGUUCGUUCGAUGCAUACAACACGCUAGCCACCGAACGGCAGGAAUGUACCACGCUAAAGGUGGUAACCCAUGAUAGCACCGCGAAUGGAAAACUUGACAGCCUGCGCGUGUCGGUGAGCCUCAACUUGCCGGAUGAGUCAUUAGGAUUGGUAUUUUAUUCGUUUUACUUUUUCUUGGAUGCUGAAUUGAAGAGUAACUGCGACUUUCGAGUACCGGCGUUUAUUUGCCUAGACAAAAAGACUCCCCAGAAGCAGUCUUUCAAGUCCGGAACAAUCACCCAUCGAGGACAACUGAAAUCAAGUCAAUCGGCUUCCCUGCAGUGUCCGUUCCCGAUGCGAAACAUCAAAACGCAUUUCAAUCACAACUACUUCGCCAAUGAAAAUUUCACUCGGCUGGAAGAAUUUCUACCGGAAACGAUUCAAUCUCGAAUUGAAGCAUCCAAUGCUGCGUUUCUGUACUUUGAACCACUGCGAACCGACUGGGAGCGGGAUGGAUCCGAUGUAGUGACAAUCCAGUUGGAUUUGCUGGUUGGAGGAGAAGAUAGCCGUCAUACGGCGCUUCUAUAUCGGGCUUCCAUAUGGCAAAAGCUUCUUCAAUUUUGGAUUCAAUACUUUUCAGUUCUAGUUGUGUUCUUGUGGAUCGCAGAUCGGGCAAAAGACUGGCUGUUUGAAAAAUUUGUCAUUCGUGCAAUGGAAAUAGUGCCGUGGAAAGUUAAGAACGAGUAA